GAGCCACCCUCACUCCCUGGGAGGGAAGUGGCUUGCACGCUAAGGAGACCUGACCCCCUCCGCUCUGUGGAGCACAAGCAUGCCCAGAGCAACCCCUCACUGAGGCAGUUGGGCCAAGCGGUAUCCUCUGAGAGUGACAGCCAGGCUAAGGGGACCCCAUCGUUGAGAGUUUGUCCUGCUCUGAGUGUUAUAGUUUUGACUGGGUGAAUGUGAUGAACCUGACUUCACCAUCUUGCACCCCGUGCACUGGGCCUGCCAGCUCCACUCUCCUGGCUCCACAGCUCAAAGCUAAGUUGCAGUUCUCCUCCAAGGUCUAUAUGUACGCAACAUAAUCAAGGCCCGACUCCAAUUCUGUGCUCAUGAUAGACACCUUCCAAGCAAAAUGUGGAGCAUGUGGUCCUGGGUACGAGACUCCUUUAGAUGCCAUGAAAGGUCCCAGAGAGGAGAUUGUAUACCUGCCCUGUAUCUACAGAAACACUGGGAUAGAGAAACCUGACUAUGUGGCCACAGUGGACGUUGACCCCAAAUCUCCACACUACUGCCAGGUGAUCCACCGCCUGCCCAUGCCCAACCUCCGAGACGAGCUCCAUCACUCUGGGUGGAACACCUGCAGCAGCAGCUUUGGGGAUGUCACAAAGAAACGGAACCGGCUGAUUCUUCCCAGUCUGAUUUCUUCCCGCAUUUAUGUGGUGGAUGUGGGCACAGACAUGCGGGCUCCCAGAAUACAUAAAAUGAUUGAGCCAGUGAAUAUAUUCUGGAAGUGCGGCUUAGCCAAUCCCCACACAACUCACUGCUUGGGCAAUGGUGAGAUCAUGAUCAGCAGCAUGGGAGACCCAUCCGGCAAUGGCAAAGGUGGCUUUAUCUUGCUGGAUGGAGAGACUUUUGAGGUGAAGGGGAACUGGGAGAAAGGAUCCAACAUCCCUAAACUUGGCUAUGAUUUCUGGUACCAGCCACGGCAUAAUGUCUUGAUGAGCACGGAAUGGGGAAUGCCAAAAGUCUUGGCAAAUGGGUUAGACCCAGCAGACCUAAAGACUGGGAGCUAUGGCCGUUACAUUAAUGUGUGGGACUGGACCACUCAUGUCUUCACGCAGUCAGUUGACCUGGGGGAAGACUCCAUCCCUCUGGAAAUCAGAUUCCUCCACAACCCUGAUGCAGCAGAGGGAUAUGUUGGUUGUGCUCUGAGUAGUGCAAUCCAUCGCUUCUACAAGACAGGGAAUGGAAAUUGGGCAGCAGAGAAGGUGGUUCAAGUCCCCAGCAAGAAGGUGAAUGGUUGGCUUUUUCCUGACAUGCCAGGUCUCAUUACUGACAUCCUGAUCUCACUGGAUGACAGGUUCCUGUAUUUCAGCAACUGGCUCCAUGGAGACAUUCGUCAGUAUGAUAUCUCUGACACUCGGAAGCCCAAACUGGUGGGACAGGUGUUCCUGGGAGGCAAGAUUCCAAGAGGUGGGCCAAUUGUUGUGGUGGAAGACCAAGAGCUGAACUCUCAGCCAGAGCCUUUUGUGAUCAAGGGGAAGAGGGUACAAGGUGGACCGCAGAUGAUCCAGCUGAGCUUGGAUGGCAAGAGACUGUAUGUCUCCACUUCCCUCUACAGUGCAUGGGACAAGCAAUUUUACCCAGACCUUGUCAAGGAAGGCUCUGUCAUGCUGCAGAUUGAUGUGGACACUGAGAAAGGUGGACUGAAGGUGAAUAAAAACUUCCUAGUGGAUUUUGGGAAAGAACCUGAUGGACCCGUCCUUGCUCAUGAGAUCCGCUACCCUGGUGGAGACUGCAGCUCUGAUAUCUGGAUCUAAUUCUUGUGUGUGGGUGCCUCUCUCUCUCUCUCUCUCUCUCUCUCUCAUCCUAACUAUACGUGUGAAAAAGGCAUAGGUAGGUCUGAUCUGCUGGGGUUCUAUCCACUACAGAUGUCUAGAUUUCCAUGGGUGCUAAGCCAGAGAAGCCAUGCACCUGCUUGCACACUCCUGGCUGAGCCAGCCAAGUGAGUGUGUCUAGCCAUGAAACAUGAUGUCUUACUUCUCUGCCCUCUCCUGUGGCCUGUCUAUUCACUGAUGGUCAUAAACUUCAAGGUGUACAACUCCCUGUGUUGUGGGAGUCCUGAUAAUCAUUUGUAAAGAGGGAUUCUGGCAGCUGCCUUCAUGCCAAUGUCUCCUAACAAUGCUACAGACCUUAACAUCUGCUAGACUUCCUAAAUUGGCAGAGUUAGUGGAGGGUGUAAAGCUACAAUUUUGAGCGUAUACAAUUAGGCUUAGAAUUAAAUUCUUCUCCACCCCAGUCUCUGGGUCUAAUAAUAAGGAACCUGUGAUCUGCGUGCUCAGAGCUGUAGUCAAGACUAAAUACAACAAGCCCCUGAGCCACCACAAGGAUCCAACAGCUCUUUGAGAUGACUAGAGUUAUCCAUUUUAAUCCCAUACAAGAGAGUGGUGAGAACAUUGUUUUUUCUCUUUACUGUAAACUUUAAUCAUUCAAGCUUUAGGGCUUGUCUGUGCUCAGACAUUAAAUGGAUUAAGGUGGGGUGCAAAUUUAAAGCACAAUAACUGAAUAACUGCAUGUAGGGACAUCCUUAUUCCAGAACAGAGAACUUGUUUCUGUUUAGCUUAAAUCACUUAGUCAAUGCCCUAUUGCACAGCACUAUAUAAACAGGAUUUGAUUGUAGACUGCAAAUUGGUGUCUGUUUCCUGAAGCUGGAUUGUAUUUCAGUUCUUGUGCAGUAAUGCAGCACUUAAAUUGCUUUAACAAACAAAUAAUAAAAUUGUUCUUUGCACAAGCA